CUUUUUUAUUUUUCUUGUUGUUAUUGCUGUUUGCUUGGGUGGAAAAUUUGGGUUUCUUUUUUUGUUUUCGCUGAGAAAGGGAAAAGGUAAAGUGGCGUUAUCAGUGUGGUGAAUAUGGUUCUAAAAAUGGGUUGGGGAUAAUAAAUGCUAAAACUGAACCUAAUAAAUAAAAGGUUGUUGUGGGGAUAUCUCAAAUACCCGAAACCAAAAAAAGAAGGCAAAAAAUUUGGAGCCGUUGGUUUGGUUUGCUAUAGCAAUUAAUAACAGAUUGGUGUGGAGUUUUGACCCUUCUUAUUACAUCUUUUCGAUAAUUACAACUCACUCAUUUCUUUGCUAAUUCAGUUUUUCUGGCUGUCUUUCUCUCUGCUUAUUAACUCUGUUUUUCCACUUUCUACUCUUUCUCUUUGUUUUGCUCUUUCCUCUAUUGUUAAAGGCCCUCUUAGAAACGCCCCAAAGCUUCUUCUUCUGCUCUCUUUAAUUCAAAGUUGGGUUUUAAGCUUUGUUUUUAAAGCUUCUUAAUUCCUAUACAGUGAAGAUUGGUGAAAGUUCAAGUUUUGAAUCACAGAGAAGAAAAAAAGAGAAGCUCUCAGAUGCCAUGCGGUGUAUGGUUGAAGAUAUCAAUCUUAGAAACCACGAAACCAACCAAUGUAAAACAUGAAACUGGAUAACGAACAACCUCUCUGCCAUUCAACUAUAGGCUACAAGAGUGACUCAAAGCUUUAUUUGUUCUUAGCUGACACUAAAUCAUUUGAGAACAAUGACAAGCCUCUGGAUUCCACUGGAAUAAAUACAGAAGGAAUUGUAAAGGAGAAUCAGAAUGGAGUCAUGCAUGGUAUAAAGGGAAAUGAUGGUGAUUCAGUUCCCUCAUUAUAUCUAGAGAAGACAAGAAAUGGUUGGCCAGCAUCAAAACUAGAUUGUUCUAUGAGUGAAAAUGACUUUGCCAAUGGUAAUGAAAAGGAGGUCAGAGAUUUUGUGACAUCAAAUUCUCAUUCUUUGAAGAAUAUGGAUUCAUUUCAGGACUCAGUUUUUUAUUUGGACAAAAGUGUGAUGGAAUGUGAAGUGCCUGAACUGGAAGUUUGUUAUAAAGAGAGUACAUAUCAUGUUGUCAAGGACAUCUGUAUUGAUGAGGGAGUUCCAAAACAGGACAAGUUCUUGUUUGACGGUGGUGUGGAUGAGAAGAGUGAUUGCAACUUUCUGCAAUAUGUUUCUGUGUCUCCGGAAGAAAUUCAAUCUGGCAAGAAUAUUGACAAUGAUUGUGGUUCUAAUAAAAAACUUGAUGCUGAUGCAUGUGCGCAAGAUGUUUCCUUAUCGCUAGAAGAAACUAAGUCUAACAAAGGAAUUCAGAAUCAAUGUGAUUCUAAGGAUUUGAUACUGACAGGGGAAAUGAAGGAUGGUGCAAAGAAAAUGAUCACCGAUGACAUUUCCAAAGAAUUGUUUACCCUUGGAGAGUUACUUUCAAUGCGGGAAUUGAGCACAGUGAAACCCCAAGCCAUGUCUUCCGAUUGCAAAAGUGAUGGAAUCAAACAACAGUCUUUUCAGAACUCAAGUGAAAAGGAAGUCAUGGUGAUGCUUCCUUUGGUUUCUGCAGUUGAAAAAUCAAACAAUAGAAAUGAGGAGGCAAUUGUACCAGCUCCUGCUUUGGUCUCUGCAGCUGAAGAAUCUGACCGUGGGACAGGGGAAGCUACCCUGAUAAGUCCUGUUCAGGCCUUUUCUUCUGAAGAAUCAACCACCAGCAGCCUUGUCAAUGAGGUAUCUGAUGAUAGCAAACUGGAGAGCAGAAGCAUCACAUUUGACUUAGAUUCUUCUGCACCAACUAGCAGUAAAGAUGAGCAUCGCCACGAUCUUGAUUGUGAGCCUCUUGAGAUUGGAAGUAAACCCAAGCUUGAAGAUACAGCUGAACAGGCUUUUUCAAACAAUCUUCAACGUGGAAAUGGAGAGGGUAGUUUCUCCUCUGCAGUGCCUGUAACAGGUCUAAUAAGUUACUCUGGGCCAAUAGCAUACUCAGGCAGUGUCUCUCUUAGAUCAGAUAGCAGCACAACAAGCACUCGUUCCUUUGCCUUCCCUAUAUUGCAGUCUGAAUGGAAUAGCAGCCCGAUAAGAAUGGCAAAAGCUGACCGGAGACAGUACAAGAAGCAUAGGGGUUGGAGGCAGAGCCUCCUUUGCUGUAGAUUCUGAAAACUUCUAUUCUAUCCAUAGGUUAUACAAAUUUAUUUUUUUUUUUGCUUAUCAAGUUAUAUACAUCAAUGUCAUCCCUUUACUCUCGCAUGGCGUUUAAUGUGCAGUAGGUUUAGAGUGUCAUGCUUAGAAUUUAAAUAUUGUGCAUGCAAAUUGAUCUGUAAGCAACAUCCUAUGAUCUUCAUGUAUCAUUGUAGAAUUUCAUUUUGGGGUUCACUUUCUUGUUCAUGAUAUCAGCUUAUAUUAGAUAACACUAUUCAUAAUUGCUUUCCUACUAUUGCCUCAACUUUUCUUGUUCAUAAUAUCAGUUCAUAUGCUAAAUUCAUCCCGUUCCAAGAACAAAUUGCAUUGUCCAUCUUAUAGAACUGUAUCUUAGGUGCUGCAGGAUAAUGUUUCAACUCGCACAUUUUUUUUUUUUUUUAAUGAUCCGUUGAUCCUUCUUUUGCUCAAAUUAAGGGCUGUAGUAAUGGCCUUGAUGAUACCUAGGCCUACUUGUGGGUUUGUUGGAUUUUGGGACAGUGGAUUGGGCUGUGGAAAGAGCUGAUGUGAGAAGGAAAUACGAGCAAACACUCCUAACUUAUGUCUUAUAUAUAACACAUGGCUG